GCGGUACCAGCGGCCGGCUGAGGGCGGGCCGACGCGGGAGCUCCGGACGUGAGGCAUGAGCGGCGCCCUCCCUCGGCCCGCGCGCGUUCUGCCGCCUCCCCGAGCGAGGGUCGCGCGGCACGGGGCCUAGCGGCGGGCAUCCGAGGCCUCGGCGUUCUCAGGGUCAGGUGCGGCCGCGCCGGGCGCCGGGGAGGGCGGCCGCCGCCAUGGAGGUGAGCGGGCCGGAAGACGACCCCUUCCUAUCGCAGCUGCACCAGGUGCAGUGCCCCGUGUGCCAGCAGAUGAUGCCCGCCGCGCACAUCAACUCACACCUGGACCGCUGCCUGCUGCUCCACCCCGCGGGGCACGCGGAGCCUGCGGCCGGCCCGCACCGCGCCGGGGAGCGGGCCAAGGGGCCCUCGCCGCCGGGCGCCAAGCGGCGGCGGCUGUCGGAGAGCUCCGCGCUGAAGCAGCCGGCCACCCCGACGGCGGCCGAGAGCAGCGAGGGCGAGGGCGAGGAGGGCGACGACGGCGGUGAGACUGAGAGCCGAGAGAGCUACGACGCGCCGCCCACGCCCAGCGGUGCCCGCCUGAUCCCCGACUUCCCGGUGGCCCGCUCCAGCAGCCCCGCGAGGAAGGGGGCGGGCAAGAGGCCGGCGGCUGCGGCCGCCGCGGCGGGGAGCGCGUCUCCGCGCAGCUGGGACGAGGCGGAGGCGCAGGAGGAGGAGGAGGCGGGGGGCGACGGCGAUGGCGACGCGGACGCGGACGGCGAGGACGACCCUGGGCACUGGGACGCGGACGCCGCAGACGCCGCUUUCGGGGCCAGCGGCGGGGGCCGCCCGCACUCGCGGGCGCUGGCGGCGGAGGAAAUCCGGCAGAUGCUGGAGGGCAAGCCGCUGGCCGAUAAGAUGCGUCCUGACGCGCUGCAGGACUACAUCGGGCAGAGCCGGGCGGUGGGGCAGGAGACCCUGCUGCGCUCGCUCCUGGAGACCAACGAAAUCCCCUCGCUCAUCCUAUGGGGGCCGCCGGGUUGCGGCAAGACCACCCUGGCUCAUAUCAUAGCCAACAACAGCAAGAAACAUAGCAUAAGGUUUGUGACUUUGUCUGCAACAAAUGCCAAGACAAACGAUGUGCGAGAUGUCAUAAAACAAGCUCAAAAUGAAAAGAGCUUUUUCAAAAGGAAAACCAUCCUUUUUAUUGAUGAGAUUCAUCGGUUCAAUAAAUCUCAGCAGGAUACUUUCCUUCCUCACGUGGAAUGUGGGACGAUCACCCUGAUUGGGGCCACCACUGAAAACCCUUCCUUCCAGGUCAACGCAGCUCUUCUGAGCCGCUGUCGAGUGAUUGUUCUUGAGAAGCUUCCAGUAGAGGCAAUGGUGACUAUUUUAAUGAGAGCAAUCAACUCACUGGGAAUUCAUGUCCUAGACUCUAGCCGUCCCACUGACCCUCUAAGCCACAGCAGCAACAGCAGCUCUGAGCCUUCCGUGUUCAUAGAAGAUAAAGCAGUAGAUACUCUGGCUUAUCUCAGUGAUGGGGAUGCCCGAGCUGGCUUGAAUGGACUGCAGCUAGCAGUGCUGGCCAGGUUAAGCUCCAGGAAGAUGUUCUGUAAGAAGAGUGGGCAAACCUAUUCUCCCAGUAGAGUUCUGAUCACUGAGAAUGAUGUGAAGGAAGGUCUCCAGCGAUCCCACAUCUUAUAUGACCGGGCAGGAGAAGAGCACUACAACUGCAUCUCCGCCUUGCACAAGGCCAUGCGGGGCUCCGACCAGAACGCCUCCCUCUACUGGCUGGCACGCAUGCUCGAGGGAGGAGAGGACCCACUCUAUGUGGCAAGGAGGCUGGUGAGGUUUGCCAGUGAGGACAUCGGUCUGGCAGACCCGUCUGCAUUAACACAAGCAGUUGCUGCCUACCAAGGCUGUCAUUUUAUAGGCAUGCCCGAAUGUGAGGUGCUUCUGGCCCAAUGUGUGGUCUACUUUGCAAGAGCCCCAAAGUCCAUUGAGGUGUACAGCGCCUACAACAAUGUCAAAGCCUGCCUGAGAAACCACCAGGGCCCUCUGCCCCCGGUCCCCCUGCACCUGAGGAAUGCACCAACCAGGCUGAUGAAGGAUCUGGGCUACGGCAAAGGCUACAAGUACAACCCCAUGUAUAGUGAGCCUGUGGAUCAGGAAUACCUGCCUGAGGAAUUGAGAGGAGUCGAUUUCUUCAAGCAGAGGCGGUGCUGACUCUUAGGCAGUGACAGCAGAAGGAUGCUCUUUAUUGAGGGGGAAAGAGUAACUGGAUUGUAAAAUUGGUUGCCUGGUGGAAGUUAAAACAGACCAACAUUUUGUGCCAGAAAUUUAAGAGUUCCAUAGGUGGAGGCGGUUACUUCAACUAAAUGUGUAACGUUGAAAUUGUGUUCAUUUGCACUCUGUGCAACGGUUAUGCUUAUGAAAAUAUCUGGCAGCUUUGUGCAAUGAAUUAAUGUUAUAAGGAAUUAUCUAUUUUGUCAUAGUAUUUAAGUCAUAAUGUCAUUUCAGAAUUCAGUUCAGUAGGAUUUUUUUCUUUAAAAAUGUAUAUUCUGGGUAGUUCCAAUUGGUUAAAAAAAUGUAAUUGUGAUUUAAUACUGCAUAGUGUUUUGGGUAUUUUUUUUAUAUGCAAAGGUCUUAUGAGCCAAUAAAACUAUUUCAAAGUACUCUUCAGUUCUUAAAUGUUUUUCCCACCUAGGAUGGUGGGUGCCAAUGUUUGUCACCAUUGCAUUUCAAUAGAUAGAUACUGUAAAUGAGAAAUCAUCAUAGAUAAGAAGAUUGGAAAGCUUGGGAGAAGUUAAUCUGUCUUUCUGAAAAUAAAUUUUAAUUUUUUAAAGAACUGCA